AUGCUUUCCCCUAUCCCCUUCCGUGCUUCCCCCCAACCCUUGCCCUGCUUUCCCCCAACCCCUUUUCUGCUUCCCCCCAUCCCCUUCCCUGCUUCCCCCCAUCCCCUUCCCUGCUUCCCCCCAUCCCCUUCCCUCCUUCCCCCCAUCCCUUUCCCUGCUUCCCCCCAUCCCAUUCCCUCCUUCCCCCCAUCCCCUUCCCUGUUUCCCCGUAUCCCCUUCCCUGCUUCCCCCCAUCCCGUUCCUGUUUCCCCUAUCCCGUUCCCUGCUUCAUCCCAUCCCCUUCCCUGCUUUCCCCCAUCUCCUUCCAUGCCUCCCCCUUUCUCCCUGUUCCCUGUCUCUGUGUUAGCCAUUUCACUGAACCUGCUUUCCCCACCCUAUGCACUGCUUCCUCCCUACCCCUGCCCUGCUUCCCCUCAUCCUCUGCCCUCCCUUCCCUCAUCCUCUGCCCUCCCUUCCCCUCAUCCUCUGUUCUGCUUCCUUCAUCCUCACCCACUUUACCGCCUCAAAUCCUUCCCUUCUCAUCCGCGCGCAGGUGUGGCGGAAGGUGUACGCGGCGCGGAGCAUGUUGGAGGAGCGGUUUGA